GUGUACAUCCAUCCGAUUCUAUAAUAGACUUUGGAAGAGUGCGGACCCUGAAAGUUUACCCAGGAGUCAGUCGCCAGCUGCUACUCGUGGCGAAAUCGCGCUUUUUUCAGACUAUCGCAGACCCAGUUUAACCCUUGAAUAAGCCGCUAACGUUCAAUCGAACCCCAGUGCCUUGCAACCUCAUUAAAAAAGGAAAAGAUACGGGAUCGAAGCAAAGCCUCCUCUGAGCGGCGGGCGUCCCAUUCGUGGUUGAAUUAUAAACAACCUUUGAAUAAAUUCUUGUACAAGGGAUUUACGCAGUAACGAUCAGCUUCUAAGCCGAAACGAUUCGCUGCAGCGCAGCGGCUCAAGGGCAUGGCGAUAGACAUCAAGCUUUCCAAGUUCAAUAACACCCCAUGGGGAUUCCGGCUUUCCGGUGGAGCAGACUUUCCCCAUCCACUCACGGUUGUCAGGGUGGCCCGGGGAAGUCUGGCCGACGAUGCCGGGCUGCAGCCAGGUGACGUCCUGAUAAGAGUCAACGGCAGUCCUUUGCAGAAUCUGACGCACGCACAAGCGCACGAUUGGCUGGUGCGAGCUGGUAACAACUUCGUUGUCUCCGUCGUCCGCAAUCAUCGCAUCGCCAAAGAGGCCCAUUGACCUCCGGGCAUUCUUGAUCAUAAUUGUUGUCCGACCUCUCGUUCAACUUUUCGAGAUGGUCUCGGAAUGGAUUUAUAUUUUCCAAUGCCACAAGGGUACGAGACUCGAAAUGAGAAAAUAAUCCCCUGAUGCCAAUUCUGGCUAUCCAGAGUACUCCGCACGGGUCACAAAUAUUUUUAUAGUUAUGAUAUAAAGUGUUUUUACAAGAAGAUUAAAAAAAAUAUAUUGGUAUAUACUUUUUUACUGUAUUGUAGUUUGAUUCAUGUUCGAUGUAAUACGUAAUUAGGUAGAUAUGCAGUUAAUAUUGAUAUCCUCGUUGUGAAUUGUGCGGGCCACAUAUUACAGAGAGCAUGCCCGUAUUUUUGCAUAUCUCGUUCCGCAUGAAGAACGUAUAACUUCCAUAUCAAUUGCAAUGAUCAUUUGAGUGAAUAUCCAGUUGCGGAAUUGUUUGCGCAAUUGACGAUUUGGUGCUGACAAUAUUUUAAAGUCACUGGUUGUGACUGAGCCGUUUAUUUGGUGUGAUAUUUUGACGAAAGG